AAUUACCUACAUAACCUAAAAUUUCCACGGAAUAAAGUCAGUCAACGAAUACAAAUCUUUAGAAAUAAGAAGUUCGGUUCAGAUUUGAUACUAAUCAUUUAGAAAAGUUCAAUCAACAAUCAUCAUGAACCAGGCAGAGGUCACUAAACUAGUGUCAAAAUUACGUAUUCCUGUUCCUGCCAAACAUCGGAGACUGCGAAAUCCAAAGGGUCCUGAAGGCAGACUCGAUAAAUUACGUAAAACUGUGACUGGUCUUAUAAAAUAUGAAAGAAUAGAGCUGAAUCAUAGCAGAGGUGAUGAGGCUCGCCAGUACGCCGAACGGCUUAUAUCGGAAGCUAUACGCCAUGGAGACUGCCAUAAACCUACAAUGGAAACUGCAGAUUUCUGGCUUCUUGAGAAACAACUUAUUCACAAGUUAUUCAAAGUUCUUGUACCAAGAUACGAACAAUUCAGCACUUGUUACACAAAUUUUGUGAAGGCACCGAGGGCUCAGAAUUCAAGAAAUCCUGAUAAAGCUGUGCUCGAGCUGAAGGGAAAUCCAUACCCACCUCUAAAGAACAAACAGGCUAAAAACCGUUUACUGAUCCAAAACAUACUGCUUGAUGCAGCUAAGCAUGACUAUAGGCAGGCAAAAUACGCUGAAAUUGCUCAAAACAUUGGUGAAGGCAAAUCUGAAACUACAGAAGAAAAACCCAUAGAAAAAUCAUCUGAGAGUUGAAUCCAAAGCACUUAUUUAUAGAUUAGUAUUGUUAGGCAUAACAUUAAAUGUAUUUGGUUCUACAAAA